AUGGUUCGGCUCGAAGAAAGCGAUUUCUUAACGAAGCUCACAGAGCUGUUCGGGCUUAACAGGGCAGGCACAGUUUAUGUCUCCAUGAAGAGGUUUGCCGGAAGGCUAGCAUCGCUCCGGAGAAGAAAGCCCAAGCUCAUGGAGGAUGCCGCAGCGAAAGAAGAGCCCAGGUGCCUGAUUCGAGCCCACUCCAACAAGAAAAGCUCCAAGAUCAGCUGCAUCAUCGAGGCGAAGGACCUUGUGAGAUUCCAGCUAGCCGUCGGCAACAUCAUGCGGCAGCAGAUGGAUGGGCUGAAGACGCGGGAAAGGUCAAAGGAAGAGAGACAGAAGGAAAGAGAAGAAAAGCGCAAAGCAAAGGCAGAUGCAGCGAAAGGAGUCAAGAAAGACGCCGAAGGCAAAAAGGAGGGCGCUUCAAAAGCCGCGCCCUCCAGCAAGAAGAAAGGUGCCAAAAAGAAAUGA